UCAAAGGUACGCAGGGAUAAUUUUGGCUAUGGCGUCGCAUGGCAAUGCGGCUAAGCUCGCCCUCGCAGCAAUUCUUCUCGGCUUCUGCGACGCCGGAUUUGGAAGCCCCACUCCAACGCCGUGGCCGGAGCAAUUCCACGCGCUGCUCCUCCAAAAUGCGAGCGGCAAGCUCUCCACGGUCGACCUCUGGUAUGAUUUCCCGAAUGGCAGGAACUUCAACAUCAUCCACUCGCAGCUGGGAUCCACGCUUUACGAUCUCGAGUGGACAAACGGCACGUCCUUCUUCUACGAUCUCGACGCCGGCAGCUGCAGGACUGUUCAUGUUCCAGUGGGGAUUUUGCCACCGGAUUGGCUGGUGAGCAAUUCCACUUACAUUGGCGUGAGGGAAGUGGGAGGAUUCACUUGCAAUGUCUGGUCCAAGGCCGAUGAUUUCAUCUUCUACUACGAGGACGUGGAGACAAAGAGGCCUGUGUAUUGGAUCUUCUACACAGGGAGGGAAGAGUAUGUCAUGACUUUCGAGCCUGGCAAGGUGCUCGAGGAUGAAGGGUGGCAAGCGCCAUGGUACUGUUUUGAUCGCGAAGAAAACAAGAGUUUCCAAGAGAAUGGAGGUGAUACAAAGGAACCAAGUGAGGUCUUCAAGCACAGCACACUUGGAAAAAAUCUCGUAUGACAAACUUUGACACUAUGGGUUUUUUUCCUAGCCAGAGUGAAGAUUGACUUGAGCUGCUGCACGGCCUUCUCGUUGAUGAAGGUCUUGAUCAACACCUCGUCCAGGAUAUUGGAUCCAAACAUGGAGCUGGCAAUCAGCUGGAAGCCAGGGAAAUGCGAGUUGAGACGAUCCCAGUGGCGGUGUGAGCUGCCAGUGGAUCAAGCCCCGGGGAAAGAUCAUCACGUCGUCUUAGCUUGUUGUCCAUAGUGAGUGACAAACCCAGCGUACCUCACGACUCAUCUCGACAUGGGGAUGGGUGUGAGGCGGGAUCAAGCCACCCUUUGCGAAGUCGAGCCUCACAAUGGAAAGGACCAUUGAGGCCCGUUGUUCGUGUUGGCUGAUUGCUUGAGGGCGCCGAAGAUGAAGUCCUCAGGGUAGUGCGUUUGCAGGGAAGGUGAGAUCCUUCGGGGUCCACAGCAUUGACUCAAAGAGAGACCAUCACUAUAGCCAGCAGUGAGAAUGAAUUCAUGGAUUUUACAACUAAUA